UUGGGGAACUUUAUUACUUCUUUUUCACCUGUUUUUCACUGUAAAACCCAUUGCAGAUUAUACACAAACGAAAAUUCAACUCAUCAGUUGUAUUUAUGUUUCAGAGUUCUUUAGUCAAAUUUCACACGUUGUCUGUGGAAGAUUUUUAAGUGAAAAAUGUUUGUGAUUAAAGUUUUAGUAAUUUUCGGGGCUUUUCAAUUUGCAUUUGCACAGAGAUAUGAUGUUUGUGGUGAUGAAUCUGGAUUGAGAUAUGUGUAUAUACCGAAAAUGGGAUGGGUCGGUCUAGGUUGGGCAAAUACUCAAGAUGAAGGACAAUUUCGUAAUAUAGAAUUAAUUCUGGAAUAUGAAACAUCUGUGAGACCUGAUCCAAACAAUUUGGGUUCACUUAAAAUUCUAACAAUGAUUCCAUUGACUGAUCCUGAAAAUUCGUAUUAUUUUAAUAUACCCUAUGAAUUUACAUUACCCACGCAAUAUCCUUUACCGGAAGUUACAAAAGUUACAUUAGAAGAGACUGUGCUGUGCAAUAUUACUGUUUCAAUGCCGUAUGUAGUUCAGUUGCGGUUGUCGUACAAUCACUACACACAAACUAAUACGUUAAAAGCAGAAAUCAUAAAAACACCUGAAAGUACUACCACACUAGCACCCAGAGAUGAUCGAUAUGAGGAUGAUAGUGAAACUGUUGGAUGUGGUAAAGUUGAUACGGCCAAUAUCUACGUGCCACUAAUUUUGGAAGGAAAGACAAUAGAAAGAGGGCAAUGGCCAUGGUUGGUCUCAGUUUAUUCCUAUUCAAAUCUGAGACUUGGAUUCCGAUGUGGAGCCACACUUAUCUCCAAUAAGCUAGUUGUAACGGCUGCUCAUUGCUUCUUCGAUGUCUACAAUCGAAGAGUCAAAUCAGAUGAUGUCCUCAUCAUACUAGGACAGUACAACCUGAAAAGACCCCAAGAUCAAGGAACAAAGAUCGUGUAUCCACAGAGUGUAAAUAUUCAUCCUGACUAUCAAAAACUGACAAAAAUCGACUCAGAUAUAGCAGUUGUAGUUAUACCAGAUCGUGUUCAAUUUACUCACUAUAUACGGCCAGCAUGUCUUUGGAAAGGACCAGAUAGUAAAGAGAAUAUUGUAGGACGAAGAGGACUAACAGCAGGAUGGGGUCGUGACGAAAAUGGGUUUUACUUCACGGAAUUACCGAAACAAACGGAGAUUCCCGUAGUUUCAGACGAAGAAUGUUUACGGUCUAAUGACGUAUUUACAAGGAUCACAUCUGACGUGACUUUCUGCGCAGGAUGGCGAAAUGGGACGGAGGGUCCUUGCAAUGGUGACUCAGGAGGACCUCUUGUAUUUGACAAAGAUGGUCGAUGGACUCUCAGAGGAGUUGUUUCAACAUCCCUGCUCACUGAUGGCAGCAAUACCUGUAAUCUCAAUGAAUACGUCGUCUUUACGGAUGUGGUACCAUUUACGGAUUGGAUUACUUCUUUUGAUACUGAUUAUACAUAUUAAAUGAUAUAAAAUAGCUAUCUG